AGCGGCUACUGUGACAAGUCCUUAGAAGGAUUGGCUUAUUUAGGGACCGACGCAGCAACAUCGAACAAACAUGAAAAAAUAGUAAAAUUGACCAAUUUCUUUUUCUUCCUCUGAUAUUCUGAACCAAGAGUUCUUAUUCUCGUACAGCUCCAGUAAUCCUUUCUCGUCAAACAAACUGUUCGCGUAAUUACUGUCAAACUUUUUUCAAACUUUCAAAACGUAAAAACACUUCACAGCUACAGCUAGACAUUUAUUUGUUAAGACAAUUCUUAUUCAAGUGCUCCUCCAACUACUUUUAUCAAACGAACUCCAAACUGAGAGAAAAACCGGAAAGAUGGCUUCUGUCCGAUACUUCGAAUGCCCGAAAGGCGGCAACAUCAUGGAAAAUCCGCAGAUCCUUCUAUCGCAAUGAAACAUCCUCCCUUCCCAUAUCAAGACGAGAUUUCUGAUACUGGAUUUGGAUAAGUCCACAAAUCAAAAAAUUUGUGUUGCACUACAGGACUGCACACAGAUCCUGAGCCUAGACAGGAGCCUUUCGGUGUAAGCGCCCAGCAUGGUAGACGGCUACCCCGUAGGCCGUGCAGCAUUAGCACAAACCGCCUGCAUAGCGUGGCGGGCAGCCUGAGCGUGCCUUCUUACACGACAGACCACGAACCUGCGUCACAAAUUUUCAAAAGGAUGCGUUUUCAAUAUGGGGAGGGGGUAUUUUUCCUUUUGAUACCUCCACUGGAUGGACAUUAUGGCGGGCGAGAAAAGAGCGGAUGGCAAAUGGUACCGGCACCGGGGGAUGGGCUAUCAAAUGCAAAUAAAACAUGUACUAGUCUGGGCCUGGAAGAAUGCAAGCUCGGCUAAGUAGCAUGACUCUCAAGUCCUCUGUCAUGCACGUUAGUACAACCCAAAAGCCCCCCCAACUUUCUGUCAUGCAAAAACGCAGUCUGUCGUGCUGAAUAGACAACACCUAGAAACUCAGAAACUUGUUGUCAUGCUGAGCGGUCACAACUCGUGGCAUCCUCUUCAACACGAUUCGCCACUCAGCAUCACAAGUUUAUUCCAGAACCAGCCAUAUUUGGAUUCGAUACGAGCAACCAGGAGAUGAAGGCGGAGGACCUGCACGUGUUUUUCACGCAGAAUCGCCCUUUGGUGCAGGCUAUCCUCUGCAAAAGUGUCUGGGUCUGCUGGAAACUUGUAAUGCUGCGUUGGGAAAAGUGAAUGCUCUGUAAUGCACAGGCAAGCAUGAGAAAUAUCUGCGCUUCUUUGUGUUGCGUUUUUCGCAUGAGAAACUGCGUUUUUGCAUGACAGGCAAAAGGGUCUCUUCUUGGACACGCAUCACAAACUUUUUGGUCAUGCCAGACAAGCAUGACAAAUCUCGCAAUCUUCCAGACCCAGACACUUUUGCAUUUGAUACAGGCUAUCCUCUGCAAAAGUAUCGCACUCGUGGAAAAAUGAACUGCAGGCACGCAUGGCUACAAAUUCUUCUCCUGACCUGAAAAGUGUUCUCGUGUUGACGUUUUUUUUUCCUGAAAUUCGUAGUACAAUUGCUGUACUAGAACGAUGCUUUUGCAAUGCAUAGAGGAGUCCAACUUUUCCAAAAAGACGGAUCCCUGGCACGUGAUGACUGAUGAGGAGUACGCAAUCUGGCUCAAGUCUGCGAGCAACCCGGCUUUGGUGCGGCGGGCCAUCGUCACGAAAGCGCAGCUCGUGUUCUGGCAAAACCAGAAAAAGUACAAGUCGCUCAAGUGCGUCUACGACGAGAUUUACGCCUUGCAUAUAGGCCUGGGUCUGGAAAAAGCCUGAAUUAUAGCCGAAGUAACUACAGCACGUGCACAUGCAGCUUCGCAUGAGAAAUAAGCCUUAGUGCGACGAUUUCUACUGCGUUUGUCUUUGUGUUGCGUAUGAGGCAACGCAGAUUUAAUAUUUCCAGCAACGCAAGACGAGCAUGACACGAUCUUGUGCAGACCCAGGCACGUUUGGAGCUGAUACAGAGGAACGGGAACUCAAGGGGGCUGACCAGAGCGGUGGGCAGGGUUGUAAUCUAUCGCAAGAAAAAACUGUUUCCGUGUGAACUUGUAAUGCAGGGAAUGCCAGCAGCAGGAGCAGCACGCAAGCGCUUGUCGUUGUCCUGCUAAAGAUUUGCAUGGCAUGGGAUUUUUGGAGGUGUUUUCCGCGGCUAUCAUGUAUGGAAAAUGCACGCCUAGGCGAUGCGUGUUUUUUCCAUAUUGCUGCAGAAUCUGCGUCACAAGUGCGCAUGACACAGAAAAUCUGCUACUUGUUGAAGAUGAACUUAUGCCGAUCUUGCAAAAACUAAAACAUAGUCUAUAUCAUCACAGUGAAAGAGUUUUUUCGUGGGAUAUGAUCACAAGUCGGACUGAUACUUUCAUGUUCAUAUUCAAAGAGAGCACUCCGAAGCAGGCUCACCAGAUGGUGCUUCCGCCAUGUUGGUGGUCGGUAGGAGCGAUGGAUUUUUUUCUUGAAAUCAAAUAAAGGGGCGUAACAGAAAUGUUUGCGGAAUUAUCGAACUUUUUUAUCUGUUCUUUUAGUUCGACGUAUAAUUAGAGAAGAAAGCAACCAAAUUUUAACGAGUCAAUUAUUGAACGGUCGACCGAACCGAAGCGGUUUGCCUCUUGAAAAGUAAAAGAAGCUUGGUGGAUUCGAGCCUUUGAUAGCACGUCUUUUAGGACUUGAUUUUAGAUAGAGUGGGGUAACAAUGAAAUCCUUAUCCGCCCCCCCGGCUUAUCCGCCGGCGGGCUGUCCCGAAAUAGGCCCCAUGAACUGGCCCGGCCCCGGCGCCGUUUGGAUGAGCCCGAGGGCGCCCGGACCGACACACGGCACGCCGCUUGUGCUUAUGGUUUUUUAAAGUAAUGCGCAGGAAAUUGCCAAACGUCGCACCAUCGGGACUGGUAGAGCAAGAAAAUGAAGGGACGCAGCGUGUCAAUGUUUGCCAUGCAUGCAAAACAAGGCGGAGAGAAAUGGCGUUGAAAAUUCACACACAGAAAGUAGAUAGCUUCGCACGUCGGGGCCUGUUUAGGGGGUUCGUCAAUAGAAGCCCGGGCCCCAUCACGUUACAGACAGAAGAGACACACACACAGACCGAGUCCGGCAGCGUGCCUCGCAAACAAGGGCGCCAGGCUUCACGCGUGCAGGCUGUCUUGCGGUUGUUCGCAGGUGCAAGCACCUCGCUGGCUUUGCAAGCUACUCACAAGCCCCGACGGCUACCAAUUCGCGCUGAAAACAGGCCACGCAAGAAAUCGUCACUCAGCCCGCAGCCCCAUGCAAGUCCCCGGAGCUGCUGCCACGGCGCCCCGGCGCCAUGCGUGCCGCCUGGCGAGGCGGCCGGGGUGUCGCGAGUGGGCCAACACGGGGGUGAUAGUUGGUAGCGGGCUGCGGCUUUCCCAGGGCCACAGCCCGCCGCACUGGGCCGGUCCCGGGGCCUGUGCGGCGGGAAAACCCCACCGGGGCCCGAGAUGGGAAGCGGGAAAACCUGUAUUGGGAACCGAGAAAACCUACCUCACUGGGCCCCGAGGCCUGUAAAGCAUCACUGUCUGACUUCGGGCGAGCAUUUGCGCCGCGCCGGAAACGAACCUCGAGCACAUUGGCCGGCGGCGAAAUGAAAAAAAAAAGCCGGCGAACAAAAGUAGAGCGCGCGAGGCUGUCGCCCGCGCGGCCCAAUUCAUUGCUUAAGUAUCUAUGGCCGUGGCGGAAGCUAUGUAUUGAGCCGCACUGCGGCAAGCUAACAUGUCACCAGCACGGCCCGGCCCGCGGCCCAGGAAAUAGCUGCCCAGCCUAGAGCCCCCUCCUGUCUCGGUAGAAUAUAAGUCGAGCACACCAUCGGGGGGAAUUUUACCACCGAUGACGCCCCACAUUUAUAAGGGGCGAGCCCUCGGCGCGCAGCCCGGGGCGUUGUCGCGGCCUGUUUCGGUGCGUGGCAGGCAGGCUGGGCCCAUUGAAAAAGCAGGGGGGCCCAUGGCGGGCGGCGGGCUUGGGUUUGCACAGGCGCACACCCCUAGGAGGCGGGCGCGCGUAAGAUGAAACCCUCAGCCCGUUGCGUUUCGUUCUCGCUUCGGACCCUAAGCCGCUGCCUGCAGGCAUGCCCAAGAGCAGGGCGGCAUGGCCUGGCAAGUAAGCACAUAGCCCGAAGGGUAUAUGCGAGGAAGCUCGGCGGCCCUCACGCUGGGAGUUUACUUCUGUGGGGCAAGUUCUGGCCCUGGCCUUGUGUGCCCGCUGGUAACUAUUUGCUGGGCCACUUCUUGCGUGGCGAAUUCCCCAAGGCUUCGCACCUUUCGCGUGGCAAGCAUGUAUCUGCUGGACGUUUUUUUUUAAGUCCAAAGCAGUCCCGGCAGUGAGUGUGGAGCCUUCAAAGGCUGCGCCUGCUACUUUCAAAGAAACACCUCAAAGGCCGGUGGCGUCAUGCUUGCAGUCGACCUUUGUGGUGUUUCAAAAUCUUCCCACAACAUGCCGGAUGCUGUCGGCAUUUCCGGGUCCUUCAGGCGAUGGUAGCGCCCGGCCACUUUGUCGCGGCUAUACCGGUACGGCCCGCCGGCGGAUAAGCCGGGGGGGGGCCCCCCCCCGGCUUAUCCGCCGGGGGGGCGGAUAAGGAUUUCAUUGUUACCCCACUCAUAUUAAGUUUUGAACAAAAGCGUAUGGUUUUUCUUCACCGCUGGUUUAUGGAUCGAGCGAGGAGCGCCAAUUGUCAAUCCCCUGAGUUUGGCAACUGUGUAGCUAGAAGCCUCGUAUGAUCAUGGAGCUCCUGUUAUGAAGAAAGUAAGUGUCCGUUAUGUGUUACUAUUUCCGAAGAACCCCCAAAAUGAGACACGCUCAAACUUAUACGGUUUACGAAAAAUAACGCAGUCAUGUCAAAAUUGCAGGCGCGAGGAUAUGUGUUAAUUCGCCACGACCAAGAGACAGCAAGAAGCGGUUUUGAUGCUCCUGAAAAUGUCGGAAGAAAGCUGAAGCUGUUUUUGGCUUUGCUUGCUUUCGCCAAAUUGGAGAACUAAAAAAUGAAAUUUGUGCGGGUGUGUGCUUUG